CAUUGAUCUGUCAGCUUCAAUGAAAGGGCAUCAGUUCACAAUAUCCAGAGGAAAUAACUAUUAAAAGGCUGUCUAAUAACUACUAUGGUAGGGAGUUGCUGCAUUUAUUGUUGUUGUUACUACUGCUGCUCCUGCUGUAAUAGUAGACAUCUCGGUAAUAAUACCACUUGAUUUGGAGUUGUAUGAAAGCAGCAAAGAGGCUGGGUAGCCUUAUAUCUUUUGAUGAAGAAAAACAUUUAUAUCUAUGAAACAAUCAAGCAGAAAACCUGUUCUGAAUAGUUUCUUAUUUUUGAUUACUCAAUUUAACAAAAAAAAGCUAAUAAUUCGCCAUAAUUAGAUAUGUUUAAUGUGAAGUUACUAUAGCAGAAAACAGCCGAAUGACUCAAGAGGACUAAACAAUCGAUUAAUAACAAAUAUUUGAAUUGAUGUUAUUGUUGUAGUUUAUUGCUAUUGUCAUAUUCGGGUCCAGCUUGUUCGUGUUUGUAAUUGUAAUUCAGUGGAUUGAUAUUUUACACUUGUCUAUAAAUUUACCAAGAUAUAACAGUGAUUGUUUCCCCUCAUCCUCAUUACUUAGCAUCCUCUCUCCACCCGGUGCAAGACAUUUUAAGUUGUCAGCUUCUUUUUUUUUACCACUUUCGCCAAAUUGCCAUCGUUGGAAUUAUAAAUACGUGCAGUUGGUAGUUUUAUUUGAUUUCCUGUCAACUGUUUUGGCGCAACGUACUCGCCUCUCGGCAAUUAACACUUAAUCACUGACUUCGACAGAUCACCGACUUCUUCCUAGCAACUUAGCUUCUUAUUUUGUGUUCAUGACUCAUAGUUGCAAUACUCCGGCGGCCAUUUUCGACCAUAAACAUGCUUUAAAACAGUAAAAUAUAAAUAAAAUCAAAAGAAGUAAGGAAGAAAAAAAGGCAGCAACAUAUAAAAAUAGCAUCAAAUUUUUUCCCAGCGUGAUCUUCGGCUUUUAACUUGAUUACUUCAGUAGUAAAAACAGAGACAACUCCCUCAGGUAACAAGUGUGAUUCAAGGUGGAGGCUUGUAAGAAGACAAACAACACGUGCCCUUAAGAGUUGCAGCUAUUUUGUCUGGCGCCGAUAUUGGAAAACGGAAGCAGUUUAGCUUCUCGCUCAGCUGUUCAAGAUCUUUUAUUGUUAAAUAAUACUCGUUUCACAUCAGCUUUUGUUUGGCAGUGCUAGCCUGGUUGCUGGAUGGCUUGUUAAAAUUAUUAGACAUAGAAAACCUUUUCUGAAUUCAGUGUUUUAAAAUAAGGGUUCUGAAAAGAAAGGAAUAAUGAGUAUAGAAGCGGAUGACCUGUGGAAACUAAAUCGUUUCUUGUCUAUUGGAACUGAAGGGCCUUUAUAUGAAUUUGGAGAACAAAUCCUCAAAAAAGAAAGCGCUCCAACUAUUUCAAAACUGAUUGAAGAUGGGAAAGGUAAAGAAGUUGUCAAAGAGGUACUUGCAUAUACCAAAGAAGGUAAAUCGAUUCGUAAAACCCCAUUGCUUUUUUGUCUGGCCCUCUGUACACGGAGUUCUGAUAAAAUAGCAAAGCGAGAUGCCUACAAGGCUUUGGCUGAGGUUUGUACUUUACCGACCGACUUAUUCACAUUUAUAGCCUUUUCUCAGACUUUAAACAACCCUUCUAAAGGAUGGGGUAAACUUCAGAGAAAGACCAUUAGUUCCUGGUACAAUUCCAAGGAUCCCAAGCAGCUAGCUGAGAAUGCAACACGUUAUAAAUCCAAAGCCGGUUGGACGCAUAAGGAUGUUUUGCGUUUAACCCAUACAAAAGCUUCUAAUGAUGGUGUGGCCCUCGUUUUGAAAUAUGUAAUCAAAGGUUUAAAAGUUGCCAAAGCUGAGUUUGAUAGUGAUGGUAAUGCAACAGGACAGUUACGGGAAUUACUGGAUUACCUGGAAGCCGUUGAUACUUUAAAGCAUUCAACAGAUGACCAACAAGUGGCACGUCUUGUUGAGCAACAUCAGUUAUCCUAUGAGCAUAUACCAAGUAUACAUCUCAACUCCUCUGAGGUAUGGAACACUCUUGCAUAUAGACUGCCUCUGCCUAUGUUGUUACAAAAUAUUUCCAAGAUCGCAAGUCAGGGUUUGUUAGAACCAACUAAUGACACAUCUAAACACAUUAUUGAACGACUAAAGAAUACCGAUGAAAUCCUUUCUAGCAAGAUACAUCCUUACUCAGUACUUAUUGCUCUUCGUACAUAUGAACAAGGCAAAGGCUUACGGCGCAAAUGGAAUCGCAUCCCUCAAGUUGUAGAAGCUCUUAACUUCACACUAAACACUGCUAUUCAGAAUGUGCCACGCACCGGUAAACGCUUUCUUGUUGCUGUAAAGGCAGACGACAAUGUAUUCCGCAAUGCAGUCCGAGGAGCACCAGUCAUCUCUACAAAACUGGCUGCUGCCUUAAUGUCAAUGAUUAUUGCACACAAAGAAGAUGACUUUCAACUACUAUUGUUAUUGCCAGCGGUUGCACUUAAUUUAAAAAUUACACCAAAUAUGCAGCUCUCAGAAAUUUGUGAUCUAAUUUGCAGUUUCCCAUUGCUGCAAAAUGCUAGAGAUCUGUCUUUGCCUGUCAAGUGGGCCAUUGCUAAAAAAUCCCUUAUUGAUGUAUUUCUUGUGAUUACUGAUUGUAGAGAAUGCAUCAGUGAUAUUUCUCCAGGAGAAGCUAUGAAAUUGUACAGAACAAAAAUGGACAUGCCUAAUGCAAAGUAUAUUAACUGUGCUAUAUCCACCAAUAGAUUAAGAUUUGCUGACCCAUCUGAUAAUGGCAUGUUAGAUGUUGCUGGUUUUGAUGAGAAUGCACCACGUGUCAUCCAUGAUUUUGUUUUAGGAAAUCUCUGAGUUUCAAACUACACUGUUCCAUGAUUGCUGCUGGCACCAAAAAAGAAAACUUUCUCUCCACAUCCACUACUGCCAAAUAUGUCCUUGUCAAGGCUUAUUUCCUAAGUUUUCCUCCACUCCCAGCGGCAGAUUUUAACCUACAGCUGCCUUGUCAGUUUGGCAGUUUUAAUUCGACGCAUUCUCUCACAAUUCUACACUAUGAUAGACAUUUGUACCAAUUCUGAUUUUUUUUUAAUUACCUCAGACUGCUAUUUUGUGAUAUCUUUUUAGAAUUCCUUCAAUAUGAGAAGUUUGCUCUUUUAAACUUUUCUUAUUUUUUAACUGAACUGAAUUUUUAUUAUCAGUGUUAUGGCAUCGAAGGUUUUUACUUCUGGAAUGGCUAUGACAUGUGGUGUGCAACCAUACUAAACUUAGCUGAAAAAGCUUUAAAAAAAAAGGGGGGAAACAUGCUUGUUGUUGUUUUGCUUUGUUUUGCUAUUCUUUUUUAUGAUAAAUGAGUUAUUGACUGUUUCUGCUGAGUUAUACGUGGUGUUACAAAGCUAUCUAUUUUAAACUCUUAAAUGCUGACUCUCUUCUCACCUCAGCAGGGCAUUUGGUGAGCAGCAGAAAGAAGUCUGUAUUUACCACUUCUGGCAAUGAAAGAGAUGAAAUUAUUUACUGUAAUAAACUAUUAAAAAGUAUUUACACACCCAAGCACUCACUUGAA